UGGGGCCGGCGGCGGCCGCCGCGGCGGCGGGGUCAGUUCUCUUUGGUGUUUGCCGAUGUUGGAGGCGUCUCCAAAGUGUCCCCGGGAAGCAGUGACAGGCAAUGGCACAAGUUAAGAUGCAGACUACAGCAAACCUGUCUGGACCCACCAUGUCCCCUAUGGUGCUACCCCUGCCAGUUACAACUACAAAUACACUGAGUCUGCCACCCUCAAUGAAUGGAUCCAUUUCGGAAUCAGCUGCCAGCUGUAGCAGUCCUACUGCCAGCCUUGUGGAUCCCGCACCUUCUAACAACUCACCAGCUCCUCUCCAAGAUAACAUGGCAAACCCCAAAGAGAAAACUCCAAUGUGUCUGGUAAAUGAGUUAGCCCGUUUCAAUAGAAUUCAACCCCAGUAUAAGCUUCUGAAUGAAAGAGGGCCUGCUCAUGCCAAGAUGUUCACAGUGCAGCUGACUCUUGGAGAACAGACAUGGGAAGCUGAAGGAAGCAGUAUUAAAAAGGCCCAACAUGCUGCUGCUAGCAAAGCACUGAAUGAAACUACCCUUCCCAAACCAACGCCUAGACCACCCAAAAAUAAUGUAAACAAUAAUCCAGGCAGUAUAACUCCAACUGUGGAGCUGAAUGGUCUGGCGAUGAAAAGAGGAGAGCCUGCCAUCUACAGGCCAUUGGAUCCAAAGCCAAUUCCCAAUUACAGAGCAAAUUAUAAUUUCCGGGGCAUGUACAAUCAGAGGUAUCAUUGCCCAGUGCCUAAAAUUUUCUAUGUCCAGUUAACUGUUGGCAACAGCGAGUUUUUUGGUGAAGGAAAGACUCGUCAAGCUGCUAGACAUAAUGCUGCAAUGAAGGCUCUUCAAGCUCUCCAGAAUGAACCUAUUCCAGAAAAAUUACCUCAGAAUGGAGAAACAGGAAAAGAAUCAGAAGAAGAUAAAGAUGCAAACAAGUCUGAGAUCAGUGUAGUGUUUGAAAUCGCUUUGAAGCGCAAUAUACCUGUCAGUUUUGAGGUGAUUAAAGAAAGUGGACCUCCGCACAUGAAGAGCUUUGUUACACGAGUUACAGUAGGAGAAUUCACUGCAGAAGGAGAAGGCAACAGUAAGAAACUCUCAAAGAAACGCGCUGCAAUGGCUGUCCUACAAGAACUUAAGAAACUUCCUCCUCUUCCUGUGAUUGAAAAGCCAAAACUUUACUUUAAAAAGCGUCCAAAAACAAUAUUGAAGACUGGACCAGAAUAUGGUCAAGGAAUGAAUCCCAUCAGUCGUUUGGCUCAGAUCCAACAGGCCAAAAAGGAGAAGGAGCCAGAGUAUGUUCUUCUUUCAGAGAGAGGAAUGCCUCGCCGUCGAGAGUUUGUUAUGCAGGUAAAAGUAGGCAAUGAUAUUACUACUGGAACAGGCCCAAACAAGAAAAUAGCUAAAAGAAAUGCAGCAGAAGCAAUGUUGCUACAGCUGGGUUACAAAGCCUCUACUCCUCUUCAAGACCAGCCAGAAAAGCUUGGAGAAAACAAGAGUUGGAAUGGCCAGAAUGUUGGGUUUUCUGAGCCAACGAAUAACACACCAAAGGGAAUACUCCAUCUCUCUCCUGAUGUUUAUCAAGAGAUGGAAGCAAGCCGCAACAAAUCAGCCCCUGGUACCACUGUAAGCUAUUUGUCAUCCAAAGAAAUGAGCCAGACUUCCAGCUCUUUCUUCAGCAUAUCUCCUACAACAAAUAGCACGGCUACGAUUGCCAGGGAACUUCUCAUGAAUGGAACGUCCCCAACUGCUGAAGCCAUAGGUCUAAAAGGAGUAUCUCCUGCUUCCCCCUGUUCUACAGUGCAGCCUUCAAAACAACUGGAGUAUUUGGCAAGGAUUCAAGGCUUUCAGGUACACUACAGUGAUAGACAAAAUGGCAAAGAGUGUAUGACCUGUUUGACACUGUCUCCUGUGCAGAUGACUUUCCAAGGUAUCGGAAGCUCCAUUGAAGCCAGCCAUGACCAGGACCAUGAACCCUCUUUGGGAACCUUCCUUGUGCUACAGAGCAGCAUAGCUGGGUAGCCACAGGAACACAAAGUGGUAACCAAAGUGCAAUCCUCUUUUUUAACUGAACAGUUUGUUCAAUAAAACUUCAUGAGCAGAAAAGUUUGGGGGAAUUCUCAUUUUGUAUUAACCCCCCUUUUCUGAAGCAUGAAAAGAAGGAUUCAUAUCCUCCUAGGAGUUGAAGAAGCUUAAGCUAUGAUUUUUUUGCAGUCCAGUAUUGACCAUCAAGAGAGUCCUGCCCUUUGUUUUUCCCCACAAAUGGACAAAGCUAAACAAACUAUAACAGAUAACUUCCAAGUUUCUGAAGUUAUCUACAGCUCAAAAUGCAGAACAUCCAUCCUAUUUUUCAGGAAGAAUAUGCUUACUUUGCUCUACAGCAAACCCCAUCCCUGCCACCAGUACAUAUCCAGCUGGUGGUGGCAUUGUUCAAACCUCCCAGCCGUGUGCUUCCUCAUGGUUGGAAGUUGCUACAUGGACCUGGAGCAGCGACUGGCAGGUCAGGCUACAAAGGCAAUUUAAGGUAGUAAGACAUGUUCAAAUGGAGUCCCCAGUGGCACCCAAAACAAUAUCUUCUUCUUCCCACAUGUAGUUCUUCUAAGCAUAACCUGCAGACAAAACAAGAGCUUCCCUUCCUUGGCAUUUAGCUCUUCAGUCUCUUAAGGAACUUUACAUUUGCUUCAAGAUUUUUAAAACUUCGUUACAUUGCAUGGAUUCAUAAAGGACAUCUUGCCAUCUGCUGCACUGAAUUUCUUAUACUGGCUGCUUGAUAAAGUAAGACAAGUGCCGAAGGCUCAAGUCUCUGUGUGCUGAUAGCAGAGGGGCUCUGAGCCAUCCCUGUACCCCCCAUGCUCAGCCACUUAGAUAAAAAUCACACCUUUUGCUGAUACUGGUUACAAGGCUUAUCCCACUAAUGUAAAGAUUUUAGCUGAUUUGUGAGGUCAUAGAAUACCUGAUUAGAAAUUACUUCAAAAUAGUGGGCUGUUCAUCAAGUCAGUCCUAUUUCAGACUACUGCCUAAAUAUUUCAUACUUUAACAUCGUUUUGAGUAAUUGGGGUAGUUUUUUCUAGCGCGGCAUGCUGUAUGAAAUUAUGAAUGGAGGAGAUUUUUAUGUUGUCAUGUUUGAUUCAAUACCCCAUUGUCAUUGAUGUGAAGUAGUAUAAUAAUACACUGUCAGUCAUUUAGGGGGGAGCUGGGCAUAUGUAAAGUUUUGUGCAUGUGAGUGGAGCUUCCCAGGGUGCCUCAGUUCAUCAAUGCUGAUAAUACUGCAGAACCUGAGGCUUGAUUUUGGAAUGUGCCACAAAACAGGAUCAUUCUUUCAAAUUAAAUAAAAUGUAAAUAAGGAUCAAUGCGUAGAACCUUUUUUUUGUCAUCAUGUGUCUGUCCUUACUUGUGAGGAAAAUAAUAGGAAAAAAAAUGGGAAAGACAUGUUUGCUAUAAUUUUAUAAGAUGCAAAAUAGUUAAGCAAGAAGAUAUGAGCUUGAGAAAGCAUUAGGGGAAUUAAAAGGAGGCAUCAAACGUUGGUUUGACCAAAAAGCGCUUAAAAUCCCAUUUGCCCUUUCAGAACAAAAAUACUAGCAAAGAAGGCUGACAUGCUGGCAAAUUUAGACACAAUUUAUACAUGUCAAACUACUUUAAGAUAAUCUGAAAGUUUCUUGGCCCUCAUUUAUAUAAACUGGAUCUUGAGGUUUUUGGAACUCUCCUGAUAAGUAACGCUUAAAACGCUUUUGAUCAAAUACCCUUUCUCAGGCAAUUACACAUUCUUAGAGGCCAGUUCAAAAGAUUGCUUGUUACCUUCAUUUAGCAAAGGUUCAAGUGCUGCAGUUUUCUGAUCUUUUUUAAAAAGGCAAACAGGGAGAGUUUACACAAUAAAAGUUCUUUUUUUAUUCUCAAAUUAAUUAUUUUGAAAUAUCUCACAGAUUACAUCAGUUUCUUCCUUGCAUUCAUGUUGCAAGAUGGCGACUAUUGUAUAUUGCUAGUGAUGCAUUAAAUUAGUUGUUUACAUUAUAAAAUCUAAACAUAUUAGAAUCUUUUGUGUUUGUCUUCAAAGAUUCCUAUUCUAAUAAAGCUUUCUGAAACAAGUAAGGUUGUCUUUUUUGUUUAGUUUAUGCAUCAGUGGAGAACCUAAAGAUUUGUAGCCUCUAGCCAUCCCUGUCUGUGUUUAGUAGAGUGUAAGGAAUUUGUGUUUGGGACAAUAUAUAUUUUGUUACACUUUUAAAUGAAUCAUUUUGCAUUCAGAAAAGGUAACACCUGAGAUGAAUGUAGAUGGAAAGAGUCGAAAUUCAUAUGCUUCUCAUAAAGACUGUUUUGCUGUGACUUUUAAUUGGAAUAAAAGAAGUAUGUAUAAUAUCCUGAAAAAUAAAAAUUUGGGCUGCGUCCUUCCUAUUUCUGAUGGCUUUGUGUCACUCUUCAGGUCAAAGUGCUUCUGAGGGUUAAAUGACCAACAUUCAGUAAAGAACAGUAGUUGGAAUUUUAAAGAAACGUUGAAAUUUGGACUCCUAGUUUUCCUCUUUAGCAAAUGCAACAGAGUUGUAAUCAAAUAUGAAAGAUAAAAGCAAAAGCUGACAUCUUGAUUAUGGUGGAGUUGCUCAGUGAAAGUAACUUUCACUGUUGAGGGGAGUUCAUGACCACGUUUUUAGAAGCAAAGGAGCUCCUCAAAGAGUCAGCUGAGCAGUGUGGCAAAGGACGUCCACACUUUUACCCUCAACACACUCUUUUUAAAUGCAAUACGUCUUAGUUCUUCAGCUAGAGAAAUGAUUGCUUUAAUACACUUUUUGGGUCAUACUGGUCACACUGUAUCUGCCUUAUGAAUCUGUGUUUCAAUAUGUUUAGACAUACAUCUUCCUGUCCUAACAGUGUUGGCAGGUCGAAGUUGAGUAGACAGCAGGACUUUAUUUACCUGCCAAAACUCAAAAUAACUUGCAUUAAGCCAAUGACCAAAUGGAAUUGUCACAGUUAUACUUUAUAUCAAUGAAUAUCACUGAAAGGAAGAGUAGCAAGCUAAGUGUUAACUUCAAAAGCAGAUUGUUUUCUGUGGACAAGAUAUGCCUUUUAGGAUAACGUGCCAAGAGCGCUUCAUAUCUCAAUAGCCUCUAGAACAUACAGCAAUAUAACAAGCACUGGAUUAUAGUAAAACUUGGGAAAUGUGACAAAAUAAGCAGUGGAAGAGAACAGUACUGAAUCCAGUUGGAAAAACAGGAAGUAUAGAACUUGAUGAAAUUAUGGAAUAUCCUAAGAAACAUCUAGUUUCUGAUCAUGGCGGUGAGGAAAGUGAUAAUUUCAAUAAGCUUUCAACUUUAGACAAGGAAAAGCUAAGUGAUUAAAAGGUAUUGGAGACUGUUUUGAUUACAUAAAAAAGGAUAGCUUUUUAAAGUAGUGUGAAAGAUUUUAAAAAGAGAAUAUAUUAUUUGCUUGAAAGACUAGUUUUAAUGAAAAAAAGCGUGAGAAGGUAGGGAACAGUAUGAUGUAACAGCCUGCCAAAAGUUGUUUCAAAGGUCGUCAUCACUUGCUGAGGUAUUUAGGCAAGAUAUGUUCCCUCAGCAGCUUAAGGACAGUGCCAUGUGUAACAAUGUAGUAGCACUCAUGAUGUCUGAACAAUUUUAGUAAAGUUAAAGGUUAGUCAUGAGGCUUCAGAAAUAAUACAGACAGUGAUCCAAAGUCUAAAGUACAAUCAAGGCCUUGUGAGAAAAAUUAAAGGCUACAUUUCAAAUAUACCCUAUAAUUCCAGAUUUCUGAUUUGAGAUACCUAAUGCUAUGGUAUUCAGAAACAAAGAGCACCCAGAACUUUUAAAUCAUUAGUUCAUUAGGAAAUUCUGACCAAAUGUCCUGAUGCUGUAAACAUUUUCAUACUCAUGUAGGUCUGUAUAUGAGUUGUCCUGUUAGAUUACCUGAGGAUUGGUCUGUGCAAGUGUACAGACUCAGACAUGCAAGUCCAACUGAUGUGAAUGGAGGUUGAUCUGAAGUGAAAUACCAAAUGUAGGUACAUCACCUGGGUGUAGGACCCCAUCUUUGUUUUGACUGGGCUCUUGUUUAAGUGCAUGAGAGUAAAACACUGUACCUUUGAACACAGUCAUAUUAAGAACUGAUGUUCCUCUGUUAGUUUUUAAUGCCCAAAGUCCAUGAAAGCUGGAGUUUCCAGCCAUCUCAUGAUUUUUUUAGUAGAAUAAGUAAUUUGUAUUUUGAACUCUCUUUUACUCUUUCUUUUACAAGACAUUGUAGCUGGCAGUUGCAUGCUCAUUGCCUCCUACUGGCCAUAAGUGACUGAAGGGGGAAAUUUUGUUCAUAAUUUUAGAAAAAGAGGUGAAGAGAAGCAUAGAAAAGUAAAGGCUCAUUGUCAAAAUCACAGGAAUCCAUGACCCUUGUCCUGAGAAUAGAUAAGUGUGCUGGGCUGUAUAUUGAAGAGCUAGUGUAUCAUGGGUCUCAUUUUGAGCAAUGCCUCUUACUUCCCUUGUAUAUCUAUCUUCUAAAACCUUGUUCCAAGUCACAAACCAUUCACAAUUGAGAGAGUGGCAGCCCAGAGUAUCAAAGACUGUUAUUUGACUGACAUUUUGAUCAGGAGUACAAUUUUGAUGGGGAUGGUCUUUAUCAGAUGGAACAAGAUUCUAGGUCGUAUGUUACAAACUUCUGCAUUCCUAAUCAUGUUCUUCAUUUCAAAUUGAAAUUAGAAGGUAAGCAAGCCAAGUCGCCAGCUAUGAUGGCAUAAGCAGGUGACGUGCUUUGGUUUCUGUUAUGUGAAGAAGUUGGAAGGUUCUUUCAGGUCAUGAAAUGGACAGUGUAAGUACACUGAGGUAGUGCGUUGGCUCUGGAAACUUGCUAAAGGUUUCAGAGUUUUCAGCUGAAGUUUCCAUUCCAUUCCUUGUCUGACAGAAAAAAGUCUCAGUAUCACUCUUACUCUACUGUAGUCUGGGAGAAGUUGUGCACCUUUCUUCUAAUCUGACCUUCCUCUACCGUUUACAAGAUCUUGGUUUUGUCUUUGUUACUUUUGAGAUAUCUCCCUGCAAAUCUCUCUCAUCGUGGGUAUUGCAGGUCCAUUGUUAGUUUACCCACACCUUGUCUCAUAGGCAGAAUAACUUAAGCUUAUUUAGUCUUGAAAUACAGGGAAGAUUUUACAUAGUUACCUUAUUCUUUUUCAGAAACAUCUAAUCUGUCAAUAUACCUUUAAACUUUGGAGCUUAGAGCUAAGCAUCGUCAAGUUCUAGUAUAUCAAUGCUAUCCCUACUGGUAAUAGCACUUUCCUAUUUCUUGAUAUCAUUCUGACUAUGUGUCUAAGCAUUUGCUGUUGUAGCCUUUGUGUUACUUUUGAUAGUAAUAUUAUAAUUUUGUCCAUUUUCUGGAAUAAAUGAGCUGCAUCUGAAUGAGAUGGAAUUUGCAUCAUUGCUGAUUAUCCUUUGAAAGUUCCAUUUUAUAAGGAUUACAUGUCAACAUUGGGGGUUUACUCCAAAAUAGGUUCUUUUUUAUCAAUUCUUACUGUUUGCUUAGGAGAAAAGCAGAGAGUGCAGCAAGAAUGCAUUAUCCGUGUUGAAUAUAGAUCAUUAUACAUAGAAAACAAGAGUCAAUUUCCCCUAAAUUUGAUUAUUUCACAAGUUCUAUUCCUUAAGUACUGGGAGUAAAGUUCAAAAUGUUAAUAUGGUGGUAUGAUCAGGAUGCUUUUGAUGAAUGUGGUUUGUAUGAGGCUGGGCUCCCAUUCAGAAACAAUCAAUCACUGUCCGGCAAGUUUUGUAAGUAAAUGUCAUUAAAGGUUGCAUUUGCUGAGAUUGUAUUUGUGUUUUCUAAAUAAUCUUCUGGCAUAUUCUCUGCAUAGUAUCCUUACAUAGUGUCAAAAAUUACAGAAAAAAUAAAACUUGAAAAAUUCA